UCUUCUCAGUGAACACCCAUCACAAACUCAGAGAGAAAAACACGACAGCUGAUCUGCCGGUGUUAUCCAAAUUACACUCACAGCUCACAGCGGACUAAAGCAGCCAUUCAUUCUGACAUGUCACCUUGGGAAAAGUGUUUGCGACAACAACAAGAGGUAUGAGCUGUGUGCUACCAGUUCCUGUGUAAAGCAAAUUUUAUGAACUGCAACUACUUGAAUCAAACUCCUCAUGAGAAGUUCUGAGGAAUCUGUUUCCGCCAUGAGUGGAAAAGGUUGUCAGCUCCUGGUGUCUCCAUGCAAUGUGUCCCCAUCACUGAGCAUGAUCAGGAUUCCCAUGUCUCCCCCGCCACGGGCCAAUCUCAGUCCCUCCUCUGGAAUGGAGAGGGUGAAAAAAGGAGCCGUUCACUCCAUAGCUUCUGGGAAACAGAGCGGAGGCCACGUUGUUCUGCCUACCUUGAGCCUCCGCAGGCAGGUGUUGACCAACGGGAAGCAUCUGAACAUGCCGACAACAUCCCCGCAACAGCAAGUACCUGCUCAUCGCCCUCCGACCACAGUGACAACUACCAUUCAGACAGGACUCUGCUCCUCUAACAACAGCUUCAAAGGUUGCCUUGUGUCAGGGCCCACCAUGGAAGUAUUAGGUCAGCCAGCUGCUGCUAACCUGACAGUGACCAGUAGUCCCAUAACUGAUGUCACAGGCCAGCCAUACACUGCAGGGCCCACAGCGCCUCAUCCUCCAUCACAUUCACAUAGUGUAACGGUUCCCCACACUGACGCCAGAUCCUUACUGUCCAGAGAAUCCCUGGCAUCCACCACCCUCAGUCUGUUUGAAACGCAGUCAAUGUUUAGUGGAAGACAUGACUGGCCAUAUGGCUACCGUGUGCUGCCUCCGCUGGGACUACCUCAGUGCUCCACCCAGGCCAGCGAGGGAGGCGAGCAGCUCAGCAUUUCGUCAGGCACAGCCAUGUCCGGCACGACCGUAUCAGGUGGCACGAGCACCUCUGCCUCCCUGCCUUCAUACCUCUUUGCGUGUGAUGCUGGCAGCCCCAGACCGUCUCGCGCUAAGAAGAGAGCUCUCUCCAUGUCGCCUCUGUCAGACGUCAUGGGUACUGACUUCAACUCCAUCAUACGCACCUCGCCUACCUCACUUGUGGCCUACAUCAACGGUUCCCUCAGCUCUCCGGCCUCCCACCCCACACUCUCACCUGUCCAGUCUGAGGGUUAUGGUCACUUCCUGGGUGUGAGAGGCUGCUGUAUCCCUCAUGUCCACCCCUACAGUGUGCCAAGUUCUUUGAAGGCCAUGGCCCCACAGACAGAGUACAGCCGUAUGCAGAUGCUCGAAGAGGGAGGGGGUCUGGAGAACCAGAUGGCUAACAUGGUGGUGGAGCAGCAGUGCCUCCCAGAGGAAGGAGGGGCGAUGGAGAAGACCUCAGAGAGCUGCAGCCAAACCACCAACAACCUGCUCCCGCCUUUACAGCUGCAGCCAGCUGUGUUGACAACAGUCUACGAAGCUGCUACUCCACAAGGGCCUCCACCACCCUACCACUCGCACCAGCACAUUCACCUCUCCAGACGUCACUGCAAAAUAAAGCCCCCCUCUCAGGACCCUCACGCGCAAGCUCCCAUGGUUCCUAUAAGACAUGGGGUGAGCUUUUUACCCCAGGUGCCGAUGCUAGAGGAAGAAGAAGGCGAGUUAGAGGACUAUGGGGCCCACUGCUGCAGGUGGUUGGAAUGCAGUGCAGUCUAUGACCAAAAGGAGGAGCUGGUAAGGCACAUAGAGAAGCUACAUGUGGACCAGCGGAAGGCUGAGGAUUUCACGUGCUACUGGGUGGGCUGCCCACGCAACUUCAAGCCCUUCAAUGCCCGAUACAAGCUUCUUAUCCACAUGAGGGUCCAUUCAGGAGAGAAACCCAACAAGUGCACGUUUGAGGGCUGCAAGAAGGCUUUCUCUCGGCUAGAAAACCUGAAGAUCCACCUGCGUAGCCAUACGGGGGAGAAACCCUAUCUGUGUCAGCACCCAGGAUGCCACAAGGCCUUCAGCAACUCAAGUGACAGAGCUAAACACCAGCGUACACACCUAGACACAAAGCCGUACGCGUGCCAGGUGCCUGGCUGUGCAAAGCGUUACACUGACCCCAGCUCCUUGAGGAAACACGUGAAAUCCCACUCUACUAAAGAGCGACAGUUACGGAAGAAGAUGAAAUCUACAGCUGAUGUGACCCAGGACACGCUGACGGACUGUUUAACCAUUCACCCUCUACAACCAAGCCUUUCUCCUCUGGCAAGGAUAGACAACAACUUGAACCCAUCCCCUGGCGCAUCCUAUGAGUCAUACUCCGCUGCUCCACAGGGACAAGACUCCUCCAGCAAUUCUCAUCUGGCUCUGUUGUGCUCCUUACAAGAUAAUUACAGGUUUGUUGAUCCUUCCCCUCACCAGCUCUUCCCUGGGGACCAGUGCAGGCCUUGCUCUUCCACCUGCCUCCCGCAUCCUCCCAAUGGGACAUCCCUGCGGAACAACCGAGAUUUGAAGCAGCCCAGCCAGCCGCCUGAUCUAGCAGAUCACAAUGCAGUGGAGCUCUCAGGGCAGAUGAAGAUGCUGUAUUCUCCUCCACAAUAUGGUGGGAUCACAGCACAGACCAGUUCGAGUCACAUGAUGCAAGUUGAUGCCUUUGGUGACAGCCUCGCUCCAGCAGUCAAUAAUCCCAAUGGGGUGGCCACCUCACAAACAGCUAUUUCCUGCAUCACAGGAUUUAAUGUCCACAACCAAACACACAAUGUGGGUCCAAAUCAAGAAUUACAUGGAGGAGAUUUCUUCACUGUGGUGGACCACCACACAAGCCAGGUCUCCUGUGUCUAUACAGAAGGAUAAUAUUCAACUGUGGGUUUUGCUCUUUUGCACUAUUUUGUGUCCCCGUUCCAUUUAAGUCAAAUGGUCAAUAGGAAGAACACUUCAGAUAGCACUGCAACCCGGCGACAGCUUCUUUUAGCGGAAUGAAAGAAUAUUUGAUGAUCAAACAAUCUAAGAUGCUGCUUCCUGGGUUUUUUUUCUCCCUCUCUCUUGCUCUCUCUUUGACUUUAUCUUUGUAAAUUAUCUAUCUUUCUCGACAUUCCACAAUCAAUGUGUAGUAAUGACUGAGCCUACAGGAUUUUAAUGUUUACCUCGUCAGUUUUUAUAAAGCUUGUGUAUGACAUCUAGUAAGUACUUCAAGUAGUUUCUGGUGACAUUUUGCACAAUAUUCAACACUGCAAUCAAAGCAAAGUAUGCAAAGGAUCAUUUCUUAGGGUUUUUCUUAGAACCAUGGCUUUGUAACUAUAGUAACAAGACAGCCUUACCAUUUCACUGUAAUGUUCAUCGAUAUAACCUGUUUCAAUAUAGUAAUGUGCUAUGAGUGCUCCUGUGCCUAGAGCAUGAGGUGGGUUUAUGUCCUUGACCAUAUCAGUGAUUUUGCAUGUUCUAGUUUAUUUACUGCAAAUUGCUUACACUUCACAUUACAGCUUACCCUUUAUUAAAGCAGCAUAGUGCUGUACAUUUUUCAAGCCAUUUUCCUGCAAUCAUUUAUUUCCAUAUGUUAUGAAAAUGAACAUAAUGGAGACUGCAAAACUAACCGGUAAUAAGGAAACUGUCAUUGUGAUUAUAGGUGCUUCUAUUUUUGCAUGUUAUUUUAUUUCAAUGUAGCUGCAUUACAAUGCAACCAUAAUACAACCACAAGUAUAUAAAAAAAACCAUACAUGAUAAUGAUGUCUGCAAUUUUUUUAUAGGGUUGUGAAAUGACCACUGGGAUAAAAACAUUAUUCAGAAGUCAGAAGAAUGCUUUGAGUGAUCAACAGCAAUGUGAAGUAUACAUGAUUUGUAGUAAGUGGGCUAAGUUAAGCAAAAACACUGCUAUCAUGCCUUAACUUGAAUAUAUUUGUAAUGGCUAAGGAAAAAGGAGUAAAUCAGUUGUACUGUUGUUUGUCAUCAGUCAUAUCUUGUUUCUCAGUAAUAUGAGGAUACUACAAACUCUUUUAUGGAUCAGUUCAGUUAGGCAAAUUAGGUUUUUCAAAGCUUACCUGUGUGCUUACAAUUUCAAUACCCCAAAGUACACUGCAACUGAUAAAAAAAGGCACACACUUUGCUUUUGCAUACUGAGAGAGCUAUGACACAGCAAAUUAUCUUAUUCCACUACUAAAUAAAAGAGGAAGGUAAGAAACAUUAAGUAGAUAGUGCAUUUCUAAAAAUGUUUAGCUGAUAUUUUCAAAAGCAGCGGUUUCUUACACUGUAAAGUGUAUCUUCGCAAGCAAAAAUAAAAAUAUGUAAUUGUUCAAGUCAGUAUCUCUCUACAAAGCCAGUAUCUCUCUCUCUCUAUUUGCAUUCAACAGAACCAGAGAAAGUUAAAAGAUAAAGCAGAGUAACUACUUUGUGGAGGCAACACAAUACCACACUGAAAUUCUGAAGGCAAUAAGCUAAUGUAAAUCACAGAAAUAAUUAGCAACCACUGCUAUGUAACUUAACAGUAUGAAAAGCUAGUACAGAAGGCACCAGUCUUCACAGCAGUGUCUUUUUUUUUUCUUUUUUUUUUAUAUUGAAAGGACAAACUGUUUUACUUGAAAAUAAUUCUUUUAGCAAAAGAGUGUCAUGCUUCAGAUGGGGGUUUCAGUAGUUGCUUAGCAACAACAACAGCUUUUCCAAAAAGCAUCUGUCUUGCACUGCUAACCAAAAAAAAAAAAAAAAAAAAGUGCUGCGCAGUGGACACAGGUGGUUGGUUAAGCUUUGUAUCCAGUAGGAAGCUUCUUAACAAUGCUGGCUUUGUUUGGUCACUGUUCCCAGUUUAAAUGUUCUGCAUGUUUUUAGCCCUGCUGCUGCUGUGUGGUCAAAUACUUUAACUUGCGGCAAACAAGUAGCAUGGUUUAUAUUCAGUAAUUUCAUAGAUAUAUAUACAACCAGUGUUUUUUCUGGCAAUAUAGUCCAUUUUGCACAAUGUACAAAAGUGACAACAAUCUAAUUAUUGGGAAUAAUUGCUCGUAAACAUCCAGUUUUAACUAAAACAACCAACUGUUUUCCCAAAUAAUGUCAGAAAGACGAGGCCCAAGUUAAGAAUCAAACAAGGAGCAUUAACUUUGAUUCUAAAGCCCUGAGGCGAGAUGUUAACAUGGACAAGUAAUAAACAUCUGCAGUGCCAAUAGUUAACUAGUCAGGUAGAGUGCAUUCAUUAGGAAGGUUAACUAAGAAGGACAAUAAUAUAAUACGUACUGGGCACUGCUUGUGCACACAAGGUGGGAAAACAGUAAAAGAAGUCGGACAAAAUGCAGUGCAAUAAUCUUAAAGAAAUGCCCGGAACAUGCUUAAAAAGUGAACUCUUUUUAGAUCUUUUAACUCUGUGAUUUCCAUUACUUUUAAAGAGGAACAUGUCUGAAUAAAUGCAAAGUGAUUAUG